AUGGCCGUGCUUCGCGUUUUCUUACUGGUGCUCUCUGUGCUCAUUGCCGCCGCGCAUGUGGUCUCCGCUACAGCGCCGAUAUUCGAAUCUGAUCCUGCGCGGGAUGUUGGCGUCUUGGCGGCGGACGACCUGUCCUCCCCAGUGGCAGUCAAAGAUGCGUCCAUCUUACCACUGAUGCAGGAGAUCCGACGGAUGCUCAAGGGGAAGGCGGUCAAGGUGAAGAUCAGGCCGAGUGAAAUGAAAGCCAUCGCUGAGGUUGGAAAGGAGCUUUCGAAGUAUUCUAAGAAGGAAUGGGAUAGGAUGGUGAAAGACAAAAAGAAGCAAGCGGAAAAGCUGGAGAAAGGGUGGGAGGAUACCAAGAAGGCAGCGAAUGAGGUGAAGCAGGGGUUUGAGAAUGGGGAAGGUGCCAGGAAGGCAGCGGACGACGUGAAGCAAGGGUUCGAGAAGGCCACAAACUUCUUUGGAAAUCUCGGACGCAAUCGGGCGGGCGGCACGCUGGCGGUGAUGCAGAGGGCAGUGGCCGCCCACUGCUGGAGGGCUGCCACGUGUAGCGCUCUCAUUGGCCGCCCACGGCCCCGACCUUCCACCCUGGCACAGCUGGUGCAGACGCUGUCAGAGCGCCAGGCCGCCCAGCGUCUGUCACAUCUGCGCGCGCUCAUCAGCCACGCCUCUGCCCUGCCUGUGGACCUGCGCCCAGAGAUCAAGACCCUGCGCCGCGCUGUGGCCCGCCUGGCAUCGCGCCUCAAGGCUGAUACCGCUGCAACUACUCCUCCUGCCACUCAAUCGCCUCCUCCCACCGCACCACCCACUGCAUCGCUGCUCACCGCACCCUCUCCCGCACGCACAGCGACGCCUCUGGCUGUAGCAAAAACUGUAGCGCCGUCAGGCAAAGCAGUUGCGACAGCACGUGGGGGAAUCGGCACCGCAGGUGCUGCCUCGGAACUGAAGGCGUCCGGGCUGAAAGGCUCUCGCAGUGCCAAGCGGAAGCUGGCAGCAGGCGGGGAAGGCAAGGCAGUGCGUGUGGGUAAGGGGAGAGCAGGAGCAGUGGCUGUUGGGGGUGCAGCAGAAGCGAGUGUGAGUGUUGCUCCCAGGGCUGCAUGCAGUGUGGCGACCAGUGGUACUGCCUCCGCUGCCACCGCUGUCGCUACCGCUGCCACAGUUGCCUCAGCUGGCGCUGGUGCCACGGCCGCAGCCACCAAGGGCAAGAGGAGCCCUCGCGCCCUGCACGCAGCGGCCCUGCAAGGAGGCAGCUGCAUGGCCGUGCCUGCUUGUGCUACAACCUGCCCCCGUGGCCCGACUGUAACAUACGAGCCUGCCCCCGCCUCCUGCAUCGCCUCACCGCUUCUGCCUGCCUGCUCCUCCCUUCCUCAACCCACCGAUCCAUCCCACAUGGCCUCUCGCCCUCUCUCCCCUUCACUCCCUGCCCCCCCGGCCACCUCCCCUGCUGCUGCUCCUCUGCCUGCACCGCUGGCAUCGCCAGCUGCCUGCCCGCCUACCCCAGGGGGUGAGGCAGGGGCAGGCGUGAGAGUGAGUGGGAAGAGGAGCAGCUCGACCGCCAAGGUUGCCAGCUCAGCAGCCAAGGUUGCUAGCUCAGCAGAAAAGGCUUGCUGCCUAGAAGGGAAGGGCGGUGAGGGUCAGAGGAGGAAAGGCAGGGGAGAUAGCCAAGAUAAGAGAAGUGGAGACAGGGUGCGGGCGAUUGAGAGUGGCAUGCCAGGCACACGCACAGCAGGCCAGGGGAAGAUGAGCCCUCGGCCACAUGAAAGCGCAACAGCAGGCCAGGGGAAGAUGAGCCCUCGGCCACAUGAAAGCGCAACAGCAGCGGCAGCAGAGGGUGUGACAGUUGGCAGUGUGUGGCAGCAUGGCAGAGCGAGUGAGAGUGAGAGUUUGGGGCGAGAGGGUGCAGCAGGUGGUGCAGAAGGUGGGAGCAGGGGAGGCGGGGUGGUGGAGGGAGGGGCGGGUAGAGGAAGGCGGUCGGUGCGCAGCACAGCAGGCCGGCACCCUGGCUUCGAUGGCUUCCUGCUGCUGCCCCGCAUCCGAUGA